GCCCGGCUUCAUUUUACGACUCGCUAAAAUGCUAAAAAUCCGGCCGUGACGCGCACGACUGAGCUAGCAUUCGGCUGUACCGUUGGAAAUUUUAGAACAGUUCGUUUCGUUCCAAAAACGACUUGCUCAAACUCCCUAUUUUAAUAAUGUCAACCUUUGACCUGACGAGGCCGGCCGACUGCUCGGAAAGCGAGGACGACGAAGACUACGUUCCCUCCGGUGAAGAAAGCGAGAGAGAUCUCACAGAUUGCGAGAAUGAUGCCGAAAGCGACGUUGAAGCUGCCACCAACAAGAAAGGCAAGAAGGGCAAAGCGGCUGGGAAGCGCAGAGGCGGCACGAAGCUGGGCGCUUGCGAGGCUGGACCCGCCGAGGACAGAGCGGCCGAGGACAGAGCGGCCGAGGAUUUGAGCGAGCUGACCCGCGCCGAGAAGGAGAAAGCAGACCUCCUGUGGGCCGAUUUCCUCAAGGACGUGGAGCCUCUUCCUAAGAAGCGGCCGACACAGUCAUGUCCAACAACUUCGAAGCCCGAGCCAGCGACGGUGGAAAAGAAAGUGAAAGUCACCAAAGUCAUGAACUUCGCUGGGGAGACUGUCCUGGUGGACACGGAGGUGGACGCCAAGGAGGCCAGGGAGAGUAACUCGGAAGCAGAGGCCCCCUUGCCUGGCACAAAGCGGCCUGCUGGGGUCCAGAAUGUCCUGAGUCGGAUCCUGAACAAAAAGCAGAAGCUCAGCGUCCUGGACAAGUCCAAGCUGGAUUGGGAGCGGUACAAGAAAGAGAAAGGCAUUGAAGAGGAGAUCCAGACCCAUAAUCGUGGGAAGGACGGGUACCUCGAGAAGCAAGCAUUUUUGCAGAGAGCGGACUUGCGCCAGUUCGAGAUUGAAAAGAAUCUUCGCGCCAAGACGAGAGUCAACAGGCUUGUCUAGAGGGGACCUGGAAUCAAGGGGCUGAUCACCUGACGCUCACAAGGAUGAUGCCUGUCGGUGUAUGUGCAACUGCUGCUUAAGAUGUCAAUAAAACGACCCUUCUGUAGAA